AGAGAGAGCAGAGAUGGCCAAGACGGUGCGUUUCAAUUAGAGUCCCCAACGCAGCAUGGGGUUUUUUUCGACGGCGAUCAGAAUCAUAUGAUGCAUUCAGCCUCUGUCCACCGCGGCGGGUAUUCAGUCCCCGGCGAUGAUCGAUCUUCCUCGCCGCAAAACGCACAGUUUCAUCCCCAGCGAUUUUUCGGUGUUCAUCUUCUCCGUCCAAGCCUCUCUCCCCAAAGCACCACCAUCACCAUCAGCUUAUUUCACAUUUGGCUUCAUCAAGCUCUUCUCCUCUCUCUACAAAACGGCCUCUCUGCUUGGCAAUGGCUCGCCUCCAGAAGGUUGGAUAUUUGAUUCCGCUUGAUAAAAGUCUCGGGGAAGACAAGUCGGGGGUAAAGAUACCUCUCUCUGAGGGCCCAAAUGUCAUCGGCCGUAGUAAUGUUCUCGUCUCCGACAAGAGGAUUAGCCGCAAGCAUAUCACUCUUACCACCUCCGCUGACGGUUCUGCUAAACUACUUGUGGAAGGUACAAAUCCAGUUGUUGUUAAUUCUGGAAAUGGUAGAAAGAAAUUUUGUCCACGGGAAAAUGCGGCACUUCAGGAUGGGGAUGUUAUAGAGCUGAUUCCUGGCCAUUAUCUUUUCAAGUAUGCAUCAUUGGGUGGUGCAAAAUCUCAGUGUUCCAAUAUGAAGUCCGGUUAUGAGGAUUUGGGACAAAAGAGAUUGCGACAAGUGCUGGACGAUAAAAUUUCUGAGAGACAUGCUAAGAGGGUUGAAAUGGGAGGCCCUUUGAAGAAUGUACAAUCUGGGAUCUUGCUGUCUAAGAAAGAUAAUAGUGUGGAGGCAAUUCGCGAUUUUCAUGUUCCCAACGACAGAUUGCCAAUGACUUUUAGACUUUUGAGCGUGAAAGGCUUGCCAUCAUGGGCUAAUACAUCUUGUGUUAGAAUUACUGAUGUUAUACAGGGAGACAUUCUCUUUGCCGUCCUGUCAAAUUACAUGGUGGAUAUUGAUUGGUUGAUACCUGCAUGUCCCACUCUUGCAAAAGUCCCUCAUGUGCUGGUUAUUCAUGGCGAGGGUGAUGGAACACUGGAUCAUAUGAAGAGGAAGAAGCCUGAAAAUUGGAUUUUGCACAAACCGCCACUGCCCAUAUCUUUUGGGACUCACCAUUCAAAAGCAAUAUUUCUAGUCUAUCCUCGAGGAAUAAGAAUGGUUGUACACACUGCAAAUCUGAUCUAUGUUGAUUGGAACAACAAAAGCCAAGGUUUAUGGAUGCAAGAUUUCCCCUGGAAAGAUCAAAAUGUCUCUACAAGAGGAUGUGCAUUUGAAGAUGACUUAGUGGACUAUCUUAGUGCUUUGAAGUGGCCAGAAUUUCCUGUUAAUUUUCCAGCACUUGGAAACUUCAAUAUCAAUCCAUCUUUUUUCAGAAAGUUCGAUUAUAGUAGUGCAGCGGUCAGAUUGAUUGCUUCUGUGCCUGGAUAUCACAUGGGUCGCUAUUUAAAGAAGUGGGGCCAUAUGAAGCUACGUUCUGUUCUCCAGGAAUGUACUUUUGAUAGAGAGUUUCAGAGAUCUCCUCUCGUAUACCAGUUCUCUUCCAUUGGAUCACUGGAUGAGAAAUGGAUGGCUGAGUUUGCAGCAUCACUGUCAUCAGGUUCCUCAGCUGAUAAAACACCUCUCGGUCUUGGGGAACCCCUAAUAGUAUGGCCUACUGUGGAAGACGUCAGAUGCUCUCUUGAGGGUUAUGCUGCUGGAAAUGCCAUUCCCAGCCCAUUAAAGAAUGUUGAGAAGGGAUUUUUGAAAAAGUAUUGGGCAAAAUGGAAAUCUUACCAUAGUGGUCGAUGUCAUGCAAUGCCACAUAUAAAGACAUUUGCCCGUUAUAACGGUCAAAAACUUGCUUGGUUAGUGUUAACGUCGUCUAACCUCAGCAAAGCUGCCUGGGGAGCACUUCAGAAGAAUAAUUCUCAGCUCAUGAUCCGUUCUUACGAGCUUGGGGUGCUAUUUCUUCCUCAAAAAAGGCACGACUUUAGUUUUUCUUGUACCAAGAGUGGAGGUUCGACACAGGAUAAGUCAAAACCAUCUGGAGACUUUGAAGAAAGAACAGAACUGGUGACAUUAGCAUGGAAAGAAAACAUGAUAAGAGAAUCGUCAUCUGAAGUAAUUCAAUUGCCUAUGCCUUACGAACUCCCUCCUCAGCCAUAUGGUCCACAAGAUGUACCUUGGUCUUGGGAUCGUCGGUAUACUCAAAAAGAUGUCCAUGGUGCGGUUUGGCCACGUCAAGUUCAGCUUUAUGCUGCCUAGGAUUCUUGAUACUCCCUCUCCCCCUCUUAAGUAUUUAUUAAACUUCAUCGAUUUUACUGGUUCACGUGCAUGGGUUCCUCUACAGGCCAUUGUUCUUCCGACUGUAAAUUUGUUGCACGAACUAUUUAACAUAACUCUUAGGAAAGGGUGGGAAAGUUGGCAGCAGGAGUUCAUUAUCAGACCUUCGGCUUCAUGAUACUCUUGGAUCGACUACUUGACGUCGUUUAUUAGAAAAAAUGAUUUAACAUUGCAUCA